GGUGGGCCGCGGGGCGUCUGUAGGAUAGGUUUGCUUCCCGGCCGUUAGCUUCCCGUGCUGAAUCUCCACGCGCGGUCGCUCGGAGCCUUCAUGAGGCGUGGCGGGAGCUGGGGGGGAGGUGAGCCGCACGGCCAGGCUGAAGGAGGCGGAGGCCUGUGGCGUGGGCCACCCUGAGCCACUAAUCACACUUUUGGAGACUGUACCCAUCCUUGAGAAAAGCGCAGAAAGAGAACAUGGCUCCAGAGCAAAGGGAAGGGAAGCCUCAGGUGCCAGUGACAUUUGAAGAUGUGGCCGUGCUCUUUACUCGGGAUGAGUGGAAGAAGCUGGAUGCCUCCCAGAGAAGCCUGUACCGCGAGGUGAUGCUGGAGAACUACAGCAACCUGGCCUCGCUGGGAUUUCCAUUUGCCAAACCAAAGAUGAUCUCCGUGUUACAACAAGGAGAGGAACCCUGGAAAGCAGAGAAAGAAAGUCAUGGAUGUAAGAGCAGCCUUCACACGACAAAAUCAACUCAAACUAAAGAGUCAUCAUUUCAGAGAUUAAAAAGGAAGCAACUCAAAAGUGAUAGGUCCUGGGACAGUUUUAAAACACAGGACAAAAACAAAAGCUUAGAAAUAAUGUCAGUCACCCAUACAAAAAUCCUUAUUGUAGAUAAAAGCCAUAAGAAUUUUGGCUCUGGUCUGAAUGUCAGCCUGAAGUCAACUGGGAAACAGAAGAUUGCUAGUGAAAAAACACAAGGAAAUAGCGUCAAGAAAAAUUCAAAUUCACUUAAUCAGCCAAAAAUCAGGACAGCAGAGAAACUCUAUAAAUGUAGUACUUGUGAAAAAAUUUUCAUGCACAACUCAUCCCUUCGCAAACAUCUGAAAACCCAUACUGGAGAGAGAUUAUUUCAGUGUAAAGAGUGUUUGAAAGCCUUCAGCCAAAGUUCAGCCCUUAUUCAACAUCAAAGAACACACACUGGAGAGAAGCCCUACAUAUGUAAAGAGUGUGGGAAAGCCUUCAGCCAUAGUGCAUCACUUGGUAAGCACCUAAGGACUCAUACUUUGGAGAAAUCCUAUACGUGCAAAGAAUGUGGAAAAUCCUUUAGCAAAAGGUCUGGCCUUUUUUUGCAUCAAAAAAUCCAUGCCCGAGAAAAUCCUCAUAAAUAUAACCCAGGUAGGAAGGCAUCCACUUCCCUUUCAGGAUGCCAGAGAAUUCAUUCCAGAAAAAAGACCUACGUGUGCAAUGAAUGUGGCAACACCUUUAAGUCUAGCUCAUCCCUCCGUUAUCAUCAGAGAAUCCACACUGGAGAGAAACCUUUCAAGUGUAGUGAAUGUGGCAGAGCCUUCAGUCAGAGUGCAUCUCUGAUUCAACACGAAAGAAUCCACACGGGAGAAAAGCCCUACAGAUGUAAUGAAUGCGGGAAAGGCUUCACUUCUAUCUCAAGGCUCAAUAGACACCGAAUAAUUCAUACAGGAGAGAAGUUUUAUAACUGCAGUGAGUGUGGCAAAGCCUUAAGUUCCCAUUCAACUCUCAUCAUUCAUGAGAGAAUUCACACCGGAGAGAAACCAUGUAAAUGCAAGGUUUGUGGGAAAGCCUUCAGACAGAGUUCAGCUCUGAUCCAGCAUCAGAGAAUGCACACUGGAGAAAGACCCUAUAAAUGUACCGAGUGUGGGAAAACGUUCAGGUGUAACUCGUCCCUGAGUAACCACCAGCGAAUCCACACUGGAGAGAAACCUUAUCGAUGCCAGGAAUGUGGGAUGUCCUUUGGCCAAAGUGCAGCUCUUAUUCAGCACCGAAGGAUUCACACAGGAGAGAAGCCCUUUGAGUGUAGCACGUGUGGGAAGAGUUUUAGACAAAGCUCCUCGCUUAUUGCACAUCAGCGAAUUCAUACUGGAGAGAAGCCCUAUGAGUGCAGUGCAUGUGGGAAGCUCUUCAGCCAGAGAUCUUCCCUAACCAAUCAUUAUAAAAUUCAUAUUGAAGAGGACUCCUUGAACACAGAUUUACACGAGUAAAAACAGUUAGCCAA